GCUCCCUCGCUCCGCCUAACGCUGCUCGAUCAGUCCUUCGGCAUUUCCUGCGGCCAGGCCCGCGCGGCCAGCUGAGUCCCCGCGCUCGGCCCAGCCUGGCCUGGCCUAGAGUACAGAGGGAGCGCGCGGCAAGAAGCCCCCCAGCGCCCACACCAUGAAGGAGGAGGUCUUUCUCCGGCGCCGCUUCUCACUGUGUCCACCGGCCUCCACACCGCAGAAGACUGACCCCCGGAAACUCACGCGGAACCUGCUCCUGGGCUGCGAGAAUGAGCUUGGCCCAGUCAGCCCAGGGAAGGAUAUGGAGCCCCAUGGCCCAUCGCUGCCAAGGGAGGAAGAGCCCCCAACCCCUGGCUCUGCCACAAAGGUGCCACCGGCAGAGUACCGGCUAUGCAAUGGGUCUAACAAGGAGAGUGUGUCCCCGACAUCGAGGGUCUCCAAGAAGGAGACUCUCAAGGCACAGAAGGAGAACUAUAGGCAGGAGAAGAAGCGAGCUACGAAGCAACUGUUCAGUGCGCUGACUGACCCCAGCGUGGUCAUCAUGGCUGACAGCCUGAAGAUCCGGGGGACCCUGAAAAGCUGGACCAAGCUGUGGUGCGUGCUGAAGCCAGGGGUGCUGCUCAUCUACAAGACGCCCAAGGUGGGUCAGUGGGUGGGCACCGUGCUGCUGCACUGCUGCGAGCUCAUCGAGCGCCCCUCCAAGAAGGAUGGCUUCUGCUUCAAGCUUUUCCACCCACUUGACCAGUCUGUCUGGGCCGUGAAGGGUCCCAAAGGCGAGAGUGUGGGCUCCAUCACACAGCCCCUCCCCAGCAGCUACCUGAUCUUCAGAGCCGCCUCUGAGUCAGAUGGUCGCUGCUGGUUGGACGCCCUGGAGCUGGCUUUGCGCUGUUCCAGCCUGCUGCGCCUGAGCUCCUGCAAGCAGGGCCGCGAUGGGGAGCCGGGGUCCUCGCCCGACGCGUCUCCCUCCUCGGUCUACGGGCUGCCCGCCUCGGUGGCCGUCCACCCUGACCCAGACCUCUUCCCGCUAAAUGGGUCUUCCUUGGAGAACCACCUCGAGAACGACGGGUUCUCAGACAAAUCAGAGCGAGAGAAUGCCGAAGAUUCAGAUGCAGAGACCCAGGACCACAGUCGGAAGACCAAUGAGAGUGGGAGUGACCAGUCUGAGGGCCCUGGGGGGCCGCGGAGGGGAACCUCCUACGUGGAGCAGGUCCAGGAGGAGCUGGGGGAGCUGAGUGAGGCGUCCCAGGUAGAGACGGUGUCGGAGGAAAACAAGAACCUGAUGUGGGUGCUGCUGCGACAGCUGCGCCCCGGCAUGGACCUGUCACGUGUGGUGUUGCCCACCUUUGUGCUGGAGCCACGCUCCUUCCUCGACAAGCUCUCAGACUACUACUACCAUGCUGACCUGCUGUCCAGGGCUGCAAUGGAGGACAGCGCCUAUGGCCGCAUCAAGCUCGUGCUGCGGUGGUACCUGUCUGGCUUCUACAAAAAGCCUAAGGGAAUCAAGAAGCCCUACAACCCCAUCCUGGGGGAGACCUUCCGCUGCUGCUGGCUCCACCCCCAGACCAAUAGUCACACCUUCUACAUAGCAGAACAGGUGUCCCACCACCCACCCGUGUCUGCCUUCCACGUCAGCAACCGAAAAGACGGCUUCUGCAUAAGCGGGAGCAUCACGGCCAAGUCCCGGUUCUACGGGAACUCACUGUCAGCUCUCCUGGAUGGCAAGGCCACACUCACCUUCCUGAACCGAGCAGAGGACUACAGCCUCACCAUGCCCUAUGCCCACUGCAGAGGGCUACUGUAUGGCACCAUGACCCUGGAACUGGGGGGGAAAGUGACCAUCGCCUGCGAGAAGAACAACCUCCAAGUUGAGCUGGAUUUCAAGCUCAAGCCUUUCUUUGGGGGCAGUACCAACAUCAACCAGAUCUCAGGAAAGAUCAUGUCUGGAGAGGAGGUCCUGGCACGUCUUACUGGACACUGGGACAGAGACGUGUUUAUCAAGGAGGAAGGCAGUGGAAGCCCCGAGCUCUUCUGGACCCCAAGUGAGGAGGUCCGCGCACAGCGGCUGAAGCGGCACACAGUACUGUUUGAGGAGCAGACAGAGCUAGAGUCCGAGAGACUCUGGCAGCACGUCACCAGGGCCAUCCUGGAAGGUGACCAGCACAAGGCCACACAGGAGAAGUUUGCACUGGAGGAGGCGCAGCGGCAGCGUUCCCGAGAGCGCCAGCAGAACCUCACCCCCUGGAAGCCGCAGCUGUUCCACCUGGAUCCGCUCACCCAGGAGUGGCGCUACCGCUAUGAGAACCACAGCCCCUGGAACCCCCUGAAGGAUAUCGCCCAGUUUGAGCAGGAUGGGGUUCUGCACACCCUGCAGCGGGAGACCAUGGCCCACCAGACCAACUUCCUGGGCAGCCCAGGCUCCGGACACAAGAGGCCUGGCCCAGACCGGCGACUCCGCAAGGCCAGUGACCAGCCCUCAGGCCACAGCCAGGUCACUGAGAGCAGCGGCUCCACGCCUGAGUCCUGCCCAGAGCUCUCAGAUGAGGAUGGCGACUUUGUUCCUGGCAGUGAGAGCCCAUGCUCUCGGUGCAGGAGGGAGGUGCACCGGCUGCAGGCCCUACAGGAGGCUGUGUUAUCCAUCCAGGAGGCCCAGCAGGAGCUGCACAGGCACCUCUCGGCCAUGCUGAACUGUGCAGUGCGGGCCAGGCAGGCACCAACUCCAGGCCUCCUGCACAGUCCCCGAUGCUGGUUCCUGCUCUGCGUGUUCCUGGCCUGUCAGCUGCUCAUCAACUAUGUCCUCAAAUAAGAGCCCUGGGGCAGCGGGACAUUGCCUAUAGAGCUCCAGCAGCCCAGCUCUCCCUCCCAGGCACCCAGCACUUUAAGCCAGCUCCAUGGAGGCAGAGAGACUCAAUAGGCAUGGCCUCUAUGACAAACGGGGCCAUGCCCAAAGGACAGCAGACAGACCUGUGGGAUAUCAGUGUGCUGCAGCCUGGAGUGGGGGCCCCCUGGGGCGCAGUGGCCUUUGCAGGGGAGCAUGGAUCUUGCCUGCGGUGCCCUGUAUCUAGCACUGGCCUUAAUGCUAAAGCCAAAUGCAGCUUCUGUCCUGAGAGAUGCCCUGGUCCUCUUGCCUCACCGUUCUCAAUCCAGCCCACAUGGCAUCGAUGGAUGUGGGGUAGGAGCCUCUCCUAGAUGUUGGGACAGUCACUCCCGGUGGCAGUAAGUGAGCACAGCUUAGAGGAGCAAGCCGGGACACCCAAGAGUCCCCAGGACUCAGCCUCCAUGAUACACAGACCUGCCUUCCUGGGAUCCUACCUGCAAGGCCGAGGUCACCCUGGAAGGGCCUCCAGUGGAUCCUGGGGCAGGCUGGGGCUGCCCUGGGGAGGAUACUAGGGUUGCUCUGGGGAAGAUGCUGGGGCUUUUAUUCUGCCAAGUUUGGACAGCAGCCAAGCACAGGUAGGUACCAGGUCCCUCCUCAACCCCACAGUGGGCGGAGCCUGCUUGUGCAGGGGCGUGCCCAGCCUACCUUUGAGUGUGAGGGUGUGCCCAGGAGCAGGGCACUGGAGGUGGCCCUGAAGUCAGGAGGCUCAAGAUUGUGACAUUGCAGUCUUCCCACUCGUUUUACACUUUUUUAAUACAUGUAAUAAUUGCAAUAUUUCAGGCGUCUGGCGCCCGGUUCCCGUGUCACUGACACUCUGUAUGUGUGCGCAUUGUGUGUGUGUGAGCGUCUACACGUAUUUACAUUCAGAGCCUUAAACUACUUUGUGGGUGCCGUCUCCAUGUAACUGAUCCUUCCGUUUUCCUCGUUUUGUACCCACGUUCUUGUCUGGGGACAUGUCUGCGCUGUACGCCUUGAAAUAAACAGACACACGUUGCGUGUUCUCUUCUUGGGGACUUCUGGAAA